AUGUCCGCUCUACAAAAUCAAACAAUCGUCGUCUUCGGCGGCUCGUCCGGCAUCGGUCGGGGUGUCGCCGAAAAGGCCCUAAUGGAAGGCGCCAUCGUGCACAUCGCCUCGUCCAACCCAGACCGCGUCAAGGACACCGUCCGAGAUCUCCAGCACCAAUAUCCAGAGGGUCGAAUCUCCGGCCACGUCAUUGAUUUGUCCACGCCCGAGGUCGAAUCGUCGCUGGACACACUCCUGCGCCAAAUCAGUCCACUGGAUCACAUCGUCUACACAGCCGGCGAUCCUCUCCCCAUCGCGCCCGUCGACCAGAUCACUCUGGAGGCUAUCCACCGCGCAGGCCACAUCCGCUUCUUCGUGCCCCUGCUCUUGGGUAAAUUGGCACCACGGCAUCUGAAACCGGGUUAUCGGUCAUCUUUGACUCUGACGACGGGGGCCGCGUCGGAAAGACCGUUCCCCAACUGGUCCCUGAUCGCGGGGUAUCUGACCGGUCUGCAUGGGAUGACGCGCAAUCUGGCUCUGGAUUUGAAGCCGUUGAGAGUGAAUCUCGUCAGUCCUGGCGCGGUGCAUACCCCGAUGUGGGGGCCCGACGGGGUCCCUGCGGAGAUGCAGGAGAAGACGCCGCUGGGGAAGGUGGGGACGCCUUUGGAGGUCGCGGAGGCGUAUGUCUAUUUGAUGAAGGACACCAAUGCAACGGGCAGCGUGGUGAAUACCAAUUCAGGGUCGUUGCUUCAAUAG